AUGUCUUACAACUUGCAGAAACGUGUUAUCUUAAUUACAGGUGCCUCAUCAGGUAUAGGUGCAGCAAUAGCUUUAGAAAGAUUAGAUCGCCUCAAUGAUCUUAAGUCCAGAAUUCUCGAAACUUAUCCAUCAUGUGAAAUCCAUAUUUCUGUGGUUGAUAUAAGAAAUAAACAGGAAAUUGAUGAUGCAAUUGCAAAUCUUCCACCUGGAUUCAAAGAUAUAGAUGUGUUGGUUAAUAAUAUAUUAAAUGAUUGUGCGAUCAGCUCCGAUUCUGCUGAAGUGGUGCACGAUUAUGUUAUGUGGCUAAUUUCUCAGAAAUUGAAAAUUUCAUUAGCUGGUACAGCACUCGGUUUUGAUCCGUUAGAAGAGAAUUCUCAAAAAGAUAUUCAAGCAACAAUAGAAACAAAUGUUUAUGGUCUAAUAUAUAUGACUCAAGCUGUAUUACCAAAAAUGAAGGAACGAAAUUCAGGGGAUAUUAUUAAUAUGGGAAGCAUUUCUGGGAAACGAAGUCAUGGAUUCGGUAAUGCCGUGUAUUCUAGUUCGAAAUUUGCUAUUGAAGGAAUUACUGAGUCUCUAAGGAAAGAACUUUUAUCAACCAAAAUCCGAGUUGUUUUGGUUAGACCAGGUGCGGUCAAAAGUGAAUUUACACUGAUUAGAAGUUAUGGAAACUCUAAAUUUUCGGAUGCUUAUUAUUCGGGUUACGAACCUCUCAUUCCUCAAGAUGUUGCCGAAUGUGUAGUGUUUGUAGCUGCCAGACCAACAAAUGUCGUGGUAUCAGAGAUAGAAAUACUGCCAAAUGCACAGGCUGAUGUUCAGAGUUUACGUAUAGAAAAUCCUGAUUAUAUGAAAACUUUAGCAGAGACAUAUAAAAAAAAUGAAUAA